CUCUCUCAUCUGGUGACAGAAGAUGGAGUCUCUUCUCUUGUAAUCUUAGUUCCACCAAACAAACAAACUCUACUCCCAUGGUGGUUUUCCUAAAAUGACACUUUUGCCACUCAUCCUCUCUGUAUCCAUACAUAUUUAUAAUACUAUAAUAUCACCCCCCAACCCCUCCUUUUUUACUCAUCAAUUCUCUCUCUCUCUCCCUCAUUCCUCUCCCAUCUCCAUCCCAAUCUCAUACACAUUACAUGUUGUAAAAAAGAAAGAAUGCGAGUGAAGGAGAUGUACCCGCUCUGCUGCAUCUCCCUCGAGAGUUCGGCGAUCGGGGACAACUCGCCGGAGCCGAUGACGGCGUUGUCGAGGUCAUGUUCGGUAGCUGACAUGAGAUCCGACGCCAAUGCGGGUCAAUGGCCGUCUUCCGGAUCUGAUUCCGGGUCCGGAACCAGCAGUUUCGCCGGCGUGCUUUACAAAUGGACCAACUACGGUAAAGGGUGGAGAUCCAGAUGGUUUGUUUUACGAAACGGCGUCGUUUCUUACUCGAAGAUUCUCCGGCCGGAGAACCUUACGUCACCCGAUGACGUCAGGUUCAUCGGUGAUGUCUCAUCCGGCAGACUCAAACGGCUUAACAGCUGCGGUAACCGCCGUAACAAUAACAAACAGCAGAAAACGGUUGGAGUUGUUCAUCUUAAGAUCUCGUCGUUUCGAGAGAGCAGAUCGGAUAGUAGACGGUUUUACAUAUUUACCGCUACGAAAACGCUUCACUUAAGGACUUGUUUGAAGGAAGAAAGAGUUGCUUGGAUAGAAGCUUUGGCCGCUGCUAGAAACCUGUUUUCUUUAAGACGAAUAAACGAUAAGUCACCAAUUAUACACUCUGAUAUAUCGUUGUCGACUGAAAGAUUAAAGCAACGGUUAAUCGAUGAAGGCACCAGUGAGGUACUAAUUAAGGAUUGUGAGCAGAUUAUGCUCUCAGAGUUUUCCGAACUUCAAGGGCAAGUUAGAAUUCUUUGUGAAGAACGGUCUAAUUUACUCGACACGCUAAGACAGCUAGAGGCUGCUAAUAUUGAAAAUGAGGCAUCUGGAGUACCUGAAGGCGAGUAUCAAUUGACACGACACGCUUUUUCAGAUCUUCAACGUUCAAAAUAUAGCGAAUGGAGUACGACGGAAUCAUCUGACGAUGUGGAGAAACAAGAGCUUGAAGACGCUUCAGAAGACGAAGAAACAUACUUUUUCGACACAAAAGAUCACUUCACCGGGGUCAUAACCCAAUCUGAUGUUAUGGACGAAACACACGCCGAGAAAUUACAAUUCGAAAGAAGAAAAAAGCUACCUGAUCCCAUCGAAAAAGAAAAAGGGGUCAGUUUAUGGUCAAUGAUCAAAGAUAACGUCGGGAAGGAUCUAACAAGAGUUUGCCUACCCGUUUACUUCAACGAGCCAAUUUCAUCUCUCCAAAAAUGUUUCGAAGAUCUCGAGUAUUCGUAUCUGUUAGAUCGUGCAUAUCAGCAUGGAAAAGAGGGCAACAGUCUCCAAAGAUUAUUGAAUGUUGCAGCAUUUGCGGUUUCUGGGUACGCUUCAUCUGAAGGACGGCAUUGUAAACCGUUCAAUCCGUUAUUAGGGGAAACUUACGAAGCUGAAUAUCCUGAAAAAGGAGUUCGGUUCUUUUCUGAAAAGGUUAGUCACCAUCCGACGCUGAUAGCGUGCCAUUGUGAAGGUAAAGGAUGGAAAUUUUGGGGCGAUAGCAACAUAAGAACAAAGUUUUGGGGGAGAUCAAUUCAACUUGACCCAGUUGGAGUUUUGACCCUUGAAUUUGAUGACGGUGAGGUUUUUCAAUGGAGUAAGGUCACCACCGGCAUUUAUAAUCUCAUUUUAGGAAAGGUAUAUUGUGAUCAUCAUGGAUUGAUGCAUAUUCGUGGUAAUCACGAGUUAUCUUGCAAGCUCAGGUUUAAAGAACAGUCUAUUCUUGAAAGAAAUCCUCACCAGGUACAUGGAUUUGUUGAAGAUACAAGUGGCAAAAAACACGCGACGUUAUUCGGGAAAUGGGAUGAUAGCAUGUAUUAUAUAAACGGGGAGGGAACUAGCAAGACGAAAGAUAUGGUUAAUGCGAAUUUGUUGUGGAAAAGGACUUUGCCGCCUGUUAAUCUCACGCGAUAUAAUUUAACCUCGUUUGCUAUCACUUUAAACGAGCUAACACCCGGAUUGAAGGAGAAACUUCCCCCAACUGAUUCAAGACUUAGACCGGAUCAAAGGCAUCUGGAGAAUGGCGAAUAUGACAUGGCAAAUGCUGAGAAGCUACGGCUCGAAACAAGACAGAGAAUGUCAAGAAAAUUACAAGAAAAUGGAUGGAAGCCGCGGUGGUUUGAACAAGAUGGCGAAAAUGGAACGUAUAAAUAUACAGGUGGAUAUUGGGAAAAAAGAGAAGAACAAAAUUGGGAGGAUUGCCCGAAUAUAUUUGGCGAAUUCAAUGAAGACAUUGUUAAUAAAUCUGCAGUCGGAACCUGAAUUCGUCAAGAGGGGCCUGUACGACGAAACUUAGGCUAGUUGUUUGAGAUUAUUAUUAUUGUGAUGAUAUCAAGAUAUUCAAUCUUCGGGUUUGCAAAUGGAGAUGAGGAGCCCAUGGCGCGCUGUCUUUGUAAUUUCAUAUAUAGUGUAGCUGACAUAUUAGCAAAUUAAUUUAGAUGAGUCUACUUGUAUUGAUUUGGAUGAUAGAAAUAAGUUUUCAAAAAAGAAAAAAGAGUGAAAUGCCUAAAAUUGUCUAAAAGAGCUUGUUUAGAUUGUAGGUUUUAUGAAUUUGUUAGACAAGAAUGUAUUUAGGAAAAUUGUCAAAACAGAUAGUUGUAUUGUUAAGUUUUGUCAAUGCAAUCAAUGCCAACUUC